CUGAAUUUUUUUUACUGUACACAAACUCUGUUUUACUCUUCAUUCUUCUAGUUUAGUUAGUCAGAGUUAUUAAGCCAUUAUAGGACCUGUUCUACAAUUACAAUACCUGCAUUUAUUUUUGCCAAGACAAACAAAUCAUGAAGGUUAAAUUCCAUUGCGAAAUACUACAAACCACAGCUGGUCCAUUAGAGCAUGAGACACUUUGUACAAAGUUUCAGCCACACAGAGACAAAAACGUAUUGCAGACAUGGGAUGGACCAACUCUGUCAUAUGGUUUCUGUGUUUGUCAGUGAGUGAGUGCUUGCAGCUGCCGGACUCUAAAUCUGUUAUACAUGGGGAGGUCCAGUCCCCUCAGUAUCCCCGUCCUUACCUUCCCAACCUGCUGAGGAAAUGGGACGUCUGGGUUCCCGAGGGCUACCAGAUCCAGCUGUCCCUAAAACAUCUGGAUAUUAAAGCUUCCUCAGGCUGCCAUCAAGACUCUCUGACGGUUCUCUAUGAUCAAAAUGUCUUGGGGAAGUUUUGUGGCCAGGAAAAUUCAACUGAUCACCCAGGCAAAGAGCCGAUCCUUUCUCAAGGCAACAAACUGACUCUCAUAUUCCAAACAAGUGACUUCAAUCCAGAACUCCAACAGCACAUUGGCUUCUCUGCUACCUCCAAGGCAAUAGACAUGGAUGAGUGUUCCCAACCAGACCCUGGAGAUGGCUCAGGUCCACUCUGCUCUCAGAUCUGUGUCAACACCCCUGGUUCUUACCGCUGCUCCUGCCACCAUGGUUACAAACUUCAUUUAGACCAGCGCACCUGUUUGAUAUCCUGUGGUGGUCAUAUAUUUGACAAUAAUGAGGGACAUCUGGCCAGUCCGAGAUACCCUCACCCCUCACCACCUUUGCUGUCCUGCUUAUACAUCAUCACCGUGGCGCCCAGCUUAACUGUGACUCUCAACUUCACUGACAACUUCCACAUAGAUAGCAUAGACACUGAACAAGGUCCCAGCUGUGUACGUCACUGGCUGCAGGUGACCAUACCAGACAGAGAGCCCAUGAAGCUGUGUGGUGGAAAGAGUCCAGGCCUGAUAGCUACAAACUCCAACACUGUCAGACUGGACUACCACACUGAUGUUGAAGGCCUGAGUCGCGGCUGGAGCCUGGACUACAGUACAUACAUAACUGAUUGUGGAGAACCUGAACCUUUGCUCAAUGGAGGGUUGAUCUUCCUGUCUGGCUUUCAGAAUCAGUUAUGGUCUGUUAUUCAGUAUCACUGUAAUGAACCAUUUUACACUCUCCCUGGUGGCGUUAAUGUUACUUUCACCUGUGAAGCAGACAGAAAGUGGAGAUCCAACCAAAAUGUCACUCCAACAUGUAUACCUGUCUGUGGCAAGCCCACAAAACUCAUCUCUACCUAUCAGAGGAUCAUUGGAGGCAGUGACGCUCCAGACUAUACCAUCCCCUGGCAAGUGCUACUGAAUAUAGAUGGAGGAAGAGGAGGAGGCAUGGUGAUAGGAGACCGCUGGAUUAUGACUGCAGCUACUGACCUAACACAUGAUGGAAAACCAGUAUCAAAUGAGACUGUACGGAUUUACAUGGGACCUACUGAUGUUAAAACCCUGAUGGGUUCUCCUGUGUAUGCUGCAUCAUUCCACAUUCACCCUGAAUUCAACAACACCAACGGUUUAGACUUUAACCAUGACAUUGCCUUGAUCAAACUGCAAGACCCAAUCACAUUCAACUCAUCCAUCAUACCAAUAUGUUUGCCAGCAGAGGGUGCCACAUACGUCACUGGCGAGAUGGGACUGGUGUCAGGCUUUGGCAUUAUGAAAAUUUACCCCCCACGAUUAACAAAUAAGCUGAAGUACAUGCACCUCCCUGUGGUGGAUCAAGAGACAUGCAGUAAUUCAGUCAGUAAACUGAAGAAGACAAGGGACAAUGUACCAAGACUGACAAAUAACAUGUUCUGUGCUGGAGUCCCUGAAGGUGGGCAGGACUCCUGCCUAGGUGAUAAUGGAGGCCCCUACGCCCUGAGGGACGACGGAAGAUUCUGGGCUGCUGGGAUUGUCAGCUGGGGGGUUGACUGUGGAAAGCAGGGAACAUAUGGAGUCUAUACCAGAGUCACCAACUACAUGCACUGGAUCAACAAGACUAUGCAGGAGAACUGA